AGGGCCGGAUUGGUCUGCUGGGGGACGGAAGCGGCCGGCCUCCAGAGCUGCAGGAGCCUGGCGGGGCAAUGCGGAGCGCGGGCCGCUGUGAGGCGGCGGGGCCGGUUCUGCUGGCGCUCCUGUUGAUGCUCUUGAUACCGGGCAGCAGUGCCACCAAGACUGGUGUAGGGCCUGUGACCUGCGGGUCGGUGCUGAAGCUGCUUAACACGCAACACAGGGUGCGGCUGCACUCGCAUGACAUCAAAUACGGGUCAGGGAGCGGCCAACAGUCAGUGACCGGUGUGGAGGCGUCGGGGGACGCCAAUAGCUACUGGCGGAUCCGCGGUGGCCCAGAGGGCGGGUGCCCGCGCGGGUCCCCCGUACGCUGCGGGCAGGCGGUGCGGCUCACGCACGUGCUCACCGGCAAGAACCUGCACACCCACCACUUCCUGUCGCCGCUGUCCAACAACCAGGAGGUGAGUGCUUUUGGGGAAGACGGUGAGGGUGAUGACCUGGACCUGUGGACGGUGCGGUGCUCUGGGCAGCUCUGGGAGCGUGAGGCUUCUGUGCGCUUCCAGCACGUGGGCACGUCUGUGUUCCUGUCGGUCACCGGCGAGCAGUACGGGAGCCCCAUCCGUGGGCAGCACGAGGUGCAUGGCAUGCUCAGCGCCAACACGCAUAAUACUUGGAAGGCCAUGGAAGGCAUCUUCAUCAAGCCUGGUAUGGAGCCCGCGGCAGGUCACGAUGAACUCUGAGUGUGUGGAUGGGUGAAUGGGAAGUGGCAGGGUGGGGCGUCUUUAGGGCCACUCCUGGUGGAGACUUUGGGUUCCUCGGGGUCCUCGAGUGCCUUUGUGAUUAAAGACUGUUGGUCUGCGAUUGUA